CUUCUUGCCAAGAAUCCAGCGCUAAGAUUGGCUGCUUGCUCUUGCCAGCUGUACUUCAAAGAACGCGCUCUCUACAACUAGGUAGUGUAGGAGCUCCGAGCCAAGAGAGAAAUCGUGUGACUACGGAAAAGCAAAGUGUCUGAGUCGAAUUGGAAAAGUACACUAUUGCAGAAUUGUGACCAAUUCAACAUAGCAAAGACCCUGGAUAUGGCUACGUCUAUACUUGGGGAAGAACCACGAUUUGGAACUACGCCUCUAGCUAUGCUGGCUGCUACUUGUAACAAAAUUGGCAAUACCAGUCCCCUUACCACUCUACCUGAUUCCAGUGCUUUUUCAAAAGGCGGAUUUCAUCCUUGGAAAAGAUCAUCUUCUAGUUGCAACUUGGGAUCCAGUCUCCCUGGAUUCACUGUAGCAACAAGCCGCGGAUCGACCGGACUUACAUCAACUACUGGCACAGGCAACAGCGCGUUCUGCUUAGCCUCCACUUCCCCGACCACCUCUGCGUUUUCCACAGAGUACAGCAGUCUGUUUUCCAACUCAGCGAGCAUUUCGUCUCAAGAGUCUGGGCAAUCAGCCUUCAUUUCCAAAGUCCACACAUCAGCAGAAACCUUGUACCCGAGGGUAGGGAUGGCACAUCCGUAUGAGUCGUGGUACAAGUCUGGUUUCCAUUCAACCAUCUCGGGCGAUGUUACUAAUGGGGCGUCCGCGUGGUGGGACGUUCAUACCAACCCUGGCUCAUGGCUCGAGGUCCAAAACCCUGCAAGCUCGCUGCAGACCUCCCUGCACUCCGGGACCCCCCAAGCCAUACACUCUCAACUCAGUGGCUAUAACCCUGACUUCUCCACGUUGACACACUCGGCAUUCAGCUCAACCGGUAUAAGUCCCACGGCAUCUCAUCUUCUAUCAACUAGCCAACACCUGUUAACACAAGAGGGAUUCAAAACAGUCAUUCCAACAUACACGGACGCCUCUGCCGCCAACGCUAUGAUUUCAGGUUCCAGUUCUGGUUCCUCAAGGUCAUCCAGGAGGUACUCCGGCAGAGCCACGUGCGACUGUCCGAACUGUCAGGAGGCUGAGCGGCUGGGGCCUGCAGGGGCCAGCCUCCGGAGGAAAGGACUUCAUAGCUGUCACAUUCCAGGCUGCGGUAAGGUGUAUGGCAAAACCUCUCACCUUAAAGCCCAUUUGAGAUGGCAUACUGGCGAGCGGCCAUUUGUCUGCAAUUGGCUUUUUUGUGGCAAAAGAUUUACAAGAUCAGAUGAACUUCAGAGACACCUCCGUACCCACACCGGUGAGAAAAGGUUUGCUUGCCCAGUAUGCAACAAGCGCUUUAUGAGGAGCGACCAUUUGAGCAAGCACAUUAAAACCCACACUGCCGGUGGUGGUGAAGGCAAAAAGGGAAGCGACAGUGACACCGACACCAGUAACCUGGAGACCCCCAGGUCCGAGUCCCCAGAACUCAUUUUAGACGGGGUAAACCCCAGAAUCAAGGAUCCAUCUCCUCAUGAUGAGCACUGAAUGGCUGUUAUUUGAAUGACCUUGAAACUAACUUUAUAAAGCAAAUCACCAGUAGGUUAUCAAAACUGGUACAUGUAUUAAAAACGGGUCUGCGUUUGAGAGACAGUAUUGGAGGAAAAUACGAUUUUACGCAAAGCAUUUGAAAACAAAAAAUAAUUCAAACUUAACACCAUAUUGAUUGAAUAUGUUCAACUCGUUAUUCACCAUCAAACGAAAAGCAGAAUUAUUCUAUAUUAUGUGAAAAUGACAUAACUAUAAAGCUGUCAACUUAAAAAUUAUCAGCGGAGUACUUUUUACGAUCAGUGCUUAAAAAGGGGCGAGCUAACCCAAAUGAACUUGGUUGGCCCAUGUGAGUCGCCAUCAUAUUGUACAUAUUGACAACAAACAAUGUGUUAUUUUCAUGUAAAUGUGAAUUAUGAUUGUUUUAUUCGUGUUUGGGAUCCUGAAAUUCAGGGAGUUUACUUUCAACGCACUUUGUGGAUAUGUAUGUACACAGCUUUUUAAAUUCAGUUAACCAUUUCAUUUCUUUGCUAAAAAAAAAUAUAUAAAUGUUUACUUGUAUAAAGUCACACGUAUAAGACUUUCAUUUUGUCAUAAUUAAAACGAUCUCAAAUCUGAGGCAGUAGUCGUGUGAUGGGAAUUUUUCACUAUAUUGGGUCCCAUACUUGUUUUCAUUAUGCGAAAUGAAAAUAAAUUAUGAACCAAGGUAUUUUAUGUGAUGGUAUAAAUGGUAAAAAUGAACGAUUGCCAAACGUAAAAUGUAGAUAGGCAAGAGUGUUCCUUUACAUAAAAUCAAUCAUACAUUGCUGAUAUAGGCAAUCGCACAUUGACGUGCAUUCUCUCUGAGGAAUAAAUCAAUAGUUAAUGCCCCGGAAAAGACAUUUCAUGCCCAAAUGAAAAUCUUGUUAAAUGGUAUUAAUUAUGACUUGGAGCACAUCGCAACCCCAUGUGUCUUGUAUUUGCGAUUAGGGAUUCGUGUCUUAUCAAAUAUCUAAUUAAUCUCCGAGACAUCAUUUGUUCAGCUUUACUUUAUCUGGGGGCUUCCAGGGGGUUUUGAUGACAAAGGCCCUCUGAAUAUUUAUUUUAAUUGUCCAAAUUAACUGCUUCAAUUUGCAUGUCAAACGGAAAGAUGGCAGUCCAAGAAUAAGGAUAAAGCAUCUCUAAGCUUUCCUUGAAACUCUACACUUGAUUUGAUGUUAUGGGAACUGUUUCUAAACUUUUGAAAAGGAAAAGGGGUAAAAAGCCAUAUGCAAAUGAUGAAUUUGAAAUGCUCUUGUCGCGGCGCAGUCAAAUGGUUCCUGCAUGUUAUUUGAAUAUCAGUGGACCCGUAUUGAAAGGGUUCAAGGAUGCUCUCUGACUUCUUUGUGCUUACCCAGUGCAGCGUCCGAUCUCAAAGAAAAACCCGGGGAAUAAUUACAGCGUGAGCCCAGGCCUGGGAAUAUGUUAGGGACCGGCAUCUCAUCUAGAUAACCUCUUUCUGAAGAGGAAGUUAAAUUGACCAGAAGGCAAAAGAGGAAAAUUAUUUUCAUUUCCUUUUGUGUGGCUGGCUUUGAGAUCACGAAAAUAACGAUAAAAAAUAAAAUGUAAAUUUUUCUAUAACCACAAAUUCGAGUAAGAAUAAACAGCUUAGAAAAGACAACAUAUUAUAGACUAUAUUUUGCAUUUAAUAUAAAUGUGAACUUUUAAAUGAAGCCUACAGGCAAAAUAAAACAGGCCUAUUCAAUAGGCUAUUAUAAUAUAACCGAAGUGUCACGAUAAAUUAAUACAACCUUCAGUUAAAGUGUAUGUUUAUUUUUUUAAUAAAAUGGCGGUUUAUUUUGCAGUGACUAUGUUCUUUUUUUUUUUCCUUCAGAAAUUAUUUUAUUUUUUUUUUGUUAUUUUGCCGCAUAGGCACACUAAUUAAAUUAGUUUUCUUGUGGGCAAAUAUAUUUUCAUUACACUUUAGUGAAUUUGAAAUUCGAUCAUUUUUAUAACGACGGAAAUAAGUAUUAGGGCGUUAAAUUCAACACGAGUUAAGUGCGCCAAAAUGCUUCGGGAAGAGAGACGCUUGGGGUUGCGGACAGUAAAGUGCUGCAUUUAUCGCUUUGUUACUUUUCCAUGGAAUGCCCUCUCGCUGAGCAUUAGGCAGGAGUCAUCUUUGUUUUCAAGCCACAAUAAAGAUAGAUCAAAGAGAACCAGUGCGACUUUACUGGACACGGGAAACAUCCCAUUGCUCAAGGCCUCGGGCCACUCUCCUCUUGUCUCCAGGAUAAAAAUAAACAGUCCAUCAUUUCACUAUGGAAGGUCACACAAAAUACUUGUAUUGUGAUAAUGAUAAAACUACUAUUAAUCAAACCAAUUGGCAUAAGUCUACAGUAUUUAGGUGCACACCUCGCGGCAUCAUUGCAAAAGGUUAAAUGGUCGGUCUAUACAGAACAUACAAAUCUGAAGCGACUGAAAUAAAAUAAAACAUGCAAGAAAUUCUCGAUUUUCCUGAUCAGGAAUUCUUAACAAAUCAUAUCGUCGCAGUAGUUGUUAUUGCUUUUCAAUAAAAAAUAUAUGGCUCCAAAACAAAUAGGAACUCGUAGGUUACACAGUUCAAUAUGUCAAAUGAACCCCGAUGUUUCUUCUGUUUUGUCCAUCAUGAUGAUAAUGUCAUGCAAGUAAUGCAACAAGUAAUCUCUAAAGGCAGAUAGGCGCGCAAUGUUGCGUAAAUCAUGCACUGGGUUUUGCAGAAAGAGUAAAGUUCCACGCAUUGAUCUCGAUUCAGAAUUAAGUAUUCAGUAUGAAAUAUUUGAAACAAACUUGAUGACUCCACACUAAUCACUCACGCAGGCCUAAUCUUAUGCGUCGCAUAAUGAACAAUCACAGAUUGAUUGUCAUCAGUCAACCAUGCUCCCGCUUAGGCCACUUCCAGAAGACCACUUUCAAACAAGCCUACAUAAUUAGGCUAGACUUGUAACACAUGUAAUGAAGUACGGUCAAAUCCAUGUGAGCACAGUUUACUAUAUUUAAAGUUCGAGGUACAAUAAUUUUUUUUAAAUAGUAUUCUCUGAAGAGGGUUCUCUGGACUAAAGUGACAACCAUGAAUAAUAGCGCAUGCAAGACAUGCAUUUGUUCAAUAAUCUGACGAAUGCAAAAUAUUUCUGUGGUUCAAGUUAUUUGAGGUCUUCUGCUGCCCUCUAGUGGAUGAACAUAAUAAUUAUUUGAGGAGCAGGGGUGUAAUCACUAGUCCUAACAGUAGCAAAAUGGAACAUUUUGAACAGUUCAAAUUCAGGUAGGCCCCUCCCCGUUUCAUUCCAUUUACUUCUGCUCAACAUUUUGCAACAGAAUCGGCAUAAUGAAUACGCCCCUGCACUCUUUCUUUUGUAGCAGCCAACUAGCAUGUAACACCAAAACAUGGUGUUACUAAAACUUUGGUUUCUAUGCAUUUGUUUAAUAAGUGGGCCCAUCAAGAAAAAUGUACAUAUUAACAAUAGCAUCAUAAAACCUUCAAAACAUCACAAUUUCGUGUCAAAAAUGUUUGCAUCAGCAAAAUAAAAUGGUUUCAAUGGCC